GCCGCCAGCAUGGCUGAAGAUGAGCCCGAUGCUAAGAGCCCCAAGUCUGAGGGAAGGGCCCCCCCAGGUAAUGCUGACGCCGGCGAGCCCACCUCCCUGCUUCAGAAGCUCCGAGGAACCAUUUCCAAGGCUGUGCAGAACAAAGUGGAGGGAAUCCUGCAAGACGUCCAGAAAUUCUCAGACAACGACAAGCUGUAUCUCUAUCUUCAGCUUCCUGCAGGGCCCGGGACUGGAGACAAAAGCUCAGAACCCAGUACGCUAAGCAAUGAGGAAUACAUGUAUGCGUACAGGUGGAUACGCAAUCACCUGGAAGAACACACGGACACCUGCCUGCCAAAGCAAAGUGUUUACGAUGCCUAUCGAAAGUACUGUGAGAGCUUGGCCUGUUGCCGUCCGCUCAGCACGGCCAACUUCGGCAAAAUCAUCCGGGAGAUCUUCCCUGAUAUCAAGGCCCGGAGGCUCGGUGGCCGCGGCCAAUCCAAAUACUGCUAUAGCGGCAUCCGGAGGAAGACCUUGGUAUCCAUGCCGCUCUUGCCAGGACUUGACCUCAAGGGUUCAGAGACGCCGGAGAUGGGCCCCGAGGUCACCCCAGCCCCUCGGGACGAACUGGUGGAGGCGGCCUGUGCCCUGACCUGCGACUGGGCAGAGAGAAUCCUCAAGCGGUCCUUCAGCUCCAUCGUGGAGGUCGCCCGCUUCCUGCUGCAGCAGCACCUCAUCUCCGCCCGCUCGGCCCAUGCCCACGUCCUCAAGGCCAGGGGGCUGCCCGAGGAUGAAGAGCACACCCCUCGGGAACGGUCGGCUAAGCCCAAGAAUGGGAUCGAGAACCAGGAAGGUGGCACCCCAAGGAGAGCCGAGAGAGCAGCCCCGCCUCCUAAAGACCCGGAGUCCCGGACUGGGUCCACACCCCCAGCUCGGGGAGACCGAAAGAAGAACGUGGUGGAGAGCCCCACGCCCCCAGCUGCCACGAACCCCCAGGUCAACGCCCUGGUGGCCCGGCUGCCUCUGCUCCUCCCCAGGGCCCCCCGCUCGCUCAUCCCCCCCAUCAGAGUCUCCCCGCCCAUCCUGGCCCCCAAGCUGCCUUCGGGCUCUCUGAAAGUGGCCGCCCUGCCCCUUCCCAGCAGGGCUGGAGGACCCCAGGCGCCUGUGCCCAUCAUUAACAUGAUCUUGCCCACUGUGCCUGCUUUGCCAAGGCCCGGGCACAUGCCCCCCGGGGCCCUCACGCAACCACGAAGCACGGAGAACAGGGAGGUAGGCACAGGGGGUGACCCAGGGGCCCAGGACAAAGGGGUCAAGAGGACAGCAGAAGCACCAGUGGGUGAGGCCAGUGGGCAGGACCCCCCAGCCAAAGCAGCAAAGCAGGAGACGGAGGACACGGGAAGCGAUGCCAAAAGAAAACGGGGGCGCCCUCGGAAAAAAUCCGGUGGCAGUAGAGAGAGGAACUCAACUCCCGACCAGAUGGCAACUGGUCUGGACUCUGUGCAGGCCCCAAGUCUACCCAAGGCACCCAGCUCCACCUCCAGGGAAAAGGACCCCGCUGGAGACUCGGCGAGUCCAGGACCUGUGGGAGAAGCCAAGAAGGGAACAGGUCAGGAGGACGUGGCCAGCUCCAGGGGAAGGGGCCCCAGUGCCCACCAUACCAAAGAUGCCGAAGAGAAAGUUCCUCCAGUCGCCCCCAAAGUCAGUGUCAUCAGGGGCUGUCGGAGCCAAAAGGAGGCCUUGCACGUCGCAAAGGGACAGGCAGAGGCGCCUGUGCCAGCCCAGGGUAAUAAAGAUUGCAAGCCAUAUGUGCUACACACGUCCUCGCCCCACGAACAGAAAGAUCCUAAAGCAGCACCCCCGUGAUGAGUGCAAAACAGACGUGUCUCCGUCUGUGUCAGGUCCCCGCUUCUGAGGCCCUCCUCCAUCUUGCAUCGCGUUUUGAGUCUCCUUGGCAAAAGGGA